UUCCAUCCUCAUCCAAUAUCUGAUCUAGAACUACAUCUCUCACUGUGGAAAUAACUUCAUCUACAGUGAUUUCCUGCAACUCUUUCACAGAUGACACUAUGGCAAUUUCUUGCUCUGCCUCUACAACUGGUACUUUUACCACAGAUGGUGCUUUUGUCACAUCCUUCUUGGGAGAUAUAUCCCUAAUAGGUGACACACCUGGUUCUUCUGUUAUUUCUGGCAUCUCUUCUACCUCUGGUUCAAUAGAGAUAUCGAGCUUCUCUUCUACACCAGGUCCUACACCAACUGAUGACACCGGCACUGUUUCAUCCACAACCAGUUGGUCACUUACAGCAAUUUCUUCAGUUGGAGGAACAAUGUCUUUAUCGGUUCUAUCUGGAACAUCUAAUGGAGCUAAUCUUACAGGGAUUUCAGGCUCAGUUAUCAAUGCAGGUGACACUACCUCCAUCACGGUUUUUGUGAUCUCUUCUUCAACUACCUGCUCUCUGACCAUAUCUAUUACUACAGGUGCCACUAUGUCUUUUACCAUUGUGUCUUGUACAUCUGACACAGGUGAUGCUACAGACAUGUCUGCCUCAUGGUCCUUAAUGGGUAAUGGUUCUGCUGAAGGUGACAUUUUCAAGGUCUCCUCAUCUAUCUUUGCACUAUCAGGAGCUGCCUUUUCUUGUGGUACAAUGUGUUCUUCAGUGACUUCUUUCAAUUCUGUGACAGGAGAUUUGAGUGAGACCAUGGGCUUCUCCUUUAAGGCAGAUAGUUCUUCUACAGUCUCUUCCAAUGUGACUUCUUCCUCCUCAAGCUCCCGUGUUACAUCUACCUCUUUUACUAUGGAAACAACUUCCUCCUUUUUAAUGUCCUGCACAACUGUAAACGCUUGCUCGAUAAGGACCUCAUAUGCACCCUCCGCAAUAGUUUCCUCCUUUGUGUCUAAUUCUUUGUCUCUAUCAGCUGCCAUAUCCAAUGUUGUGUCGACUGAUAUUACUUCAAGUGGGGAUUUUACCUCACUUGCCACUAUUGCUGGCACAGCUCUGUCAGCUACCUCAAUAGACACCUCGGAUUUGUCUUCCUCAGUAACAGCUUCCUCAUCUAAUGAUUCUACCCUACUUCCAUCCUCAUCCAAUAUCUGAUCUAGAACUACAUCUCUCACUGUGGAAAUAACUUCAUCUACAGUGAUUUCCUGCAACUCUUUCGCAGAUGACACUAUGGCAAUUUCUUGCUCUGCCUCAACAACUGGUACUUUUACCACAGAUGGUGCUUUUGUCACAUCCUCCUUGGGAGAG